AUGGGAAGUGAGGAUGAGGAGGUUGCAGCCACUCGUGUAGCUCACGAAUUGGAGUCGAAGGAGAGAACGGAAGAUGUUAUGUUAGACGAUUAUAGUUUGCAGGCUAAUAAUUCAGCUGCGGUUAUACCGUCAUUUGCAGAUAUGGGACUUUCGAUGGCUGUUUUGAAGGGACUCCGUGCUGCUGGAUUUCAACGUCCGUCGCCUGUUCAAGUGAAAGCUAUUCCUCUUGGACGCCUUGGAAUUGAUCUCAUUGUUCAAGCUAAAUCUGGCACUGGGAAAACUGUUGUCUUCUCAAUCACCGCCUUAGAGGUAGUUGAUGUCAAGCAGAAAGCCGUUCAGGCAAUUGUAAUCUCUCCAACUCGUGAAAUUGCCUUCCAAUCCGCCGAAGUGAUUCGCCAGCUAGGUCAAUUUAUAAACGGUCUUGGCGUGCAACUUUUUGUUGGUGGGAUCCCCUUGGCUGACGAUAUCAAAAAUCUAAGUCGAUGUCACAUUGCUGUUGGAACUCCCGGGCGAAUUAAGUAUCUUAUAAAUGCGGGUCAUUUGGACUGCGAAGCGGUUAAAUUGUUCAUCCUCGAUGAGGCUGAUUUACUAUUCAGCGGUGGCGCUUCGAUAGGUCCAGGCGGUUUAACUGACGAAGAGUUGCUAGCAGGUCGAAAUACCUUUCCCGCAGCGAUAAAUUACAUUUGGUGGGCCUUGCCUGAAGCCAAGCAAGUUAUGGCCCUCUCAGCAACCUACAGUGAACACCUAGUUGGCACCCACUUGCCCAGAUAUAUGCGUUCUCCUGCCUUAGUUCGACUCUCAGCUCAUGAUCCAUCGCUCUUGGGUGUACGUCAAUUUUUCUCCAAAAUUCCUGUUAAAUCCAACUCUCCUGCGUCGUUGUUUAAGGCGAAAGUGGAGGAACUGCUGAGAAUUGUAAAGGAAAUUGACUUCAAACAGUGCUUGGUCUUUUCGAACUUUCACAAUAGCGCAGAGCAGUUGUGCGAGUCGCUACGAAGAUCUGGAUGGCCUGUAAAUUACAUAUCUAGUGGUUUGGAUCAGAAGGAAAGAUUCAAGGCCUUCAAUAGUCUUAGGGGAUUUCAAUGCAGAAUUCUUGUUUCUACUGAUUUGACGUCCCGAGGAAUAGAUGCUGAGAACGUGAAUUUAGUUAUCAAUCUUGAGGUGCCUUGGAAUCGAGAUGUUUAUCUACAUCGUAUUGGAAGAGCUGGACGAUUUGGAAGCUAUGGGGCGUCCAUUAUUCUGAUAGGUGAUACCGAGGAAGAGGUGAAAAGGCUUUCACAAAUUGAGAAUCCGGAUUCCGUAUCGAUCCAUGAACUUCCAGAUCCAAUUCCUGCAGAUUUAGCAACAGCAGAGUGUCUAGUAGAUUUCUCUAAACUCGUCACUGUGACGAAACUCACCAACGAUUUGGAGAACAGACCAUCUUCAGAGAGGAAGAAUUGGCGACGAGGAGGACAAUCAACUAAGAAGUCAGAUGUUUCAAAGAAAGUGAUUCAGAGACCAACAUCUUCUCUUUCAUCUCAACCACCACUGAAGAUCUCAAAAUCAAUGUCGCUCGAUCAAAAACAUCUCAAGAAAUCUGUUAAAUCAACUCCUGGGCUUAUGGAAAAUUUGAACAAUUUUGUUAAUUCAAUAUUGCUCAAGCCAGCAUUAGGAGUGCAUUUCUCAACUGAUGAAGUCCAUCGAGAAUCUCCUGAGUCCCCUAAACACCUAGGCGAAUUGGAAAACAGAGUUCUGCGUCAGAUAUCUCAAUUUCUAGACAAUCCAAUAACUGAAAAUGUCUCUGAGUCAUUCGUUGAAAGUGAAGAGACUGAAAGUGUUUCUUCCAGUUAUGAGUCCUCUGAAAGCUCACAGACCGUACAAUUCCAAGCCCACCCAACUACAACCUGUUCAACUGUUCAACUACAGCAAGAGCCACAGCAUGUGCAACAAUCUCUAACUCCACGUCAGAUAGCUCUGUGGAAUGAGUACUGUCGUUUGGUUCAGUGGAAAGACUAUUUCUAUCAGCACUGGUUGAAUGCAACUCAGGAAUAUGAUGCUGUUCUGGCUGAGUAUAGAGAACUAACCGGCCAAACAGAUUCUUGCGAUAAUUGA